UAUAAUUUACUUAUUUCAGCUAAUAUUGGAACAUCACAAGUCAAUCUUGAGUAUAAUAGAUCGGUUGUAAAUAAGUGCUCUAUUAGAAAAUUGAAUUAAUUAUGUUGCUAAGAUUUUUACUAUCUCAAACAUCCCUCCCCUGUACUAUUUUUUCCUUCACUGCAUUAUCAUUACUAUUUGGAAUAUCGCGAGAUGACAGUUACAUAGAGUUUUUGCAAAAGGAACCAAUAAAGUACGAUUUUAUAAUAGUCGGUGCUGGAUCUGCAGGAUGUGUGGUUGCAAAUCGACUAUCAGAGAAUCCAAAUUGGAAUGUUCUCUUACUGGAGGCAGGAAAAGAGGAACCAUUACUAUCGGAAGUACCAGCACUUUCAGAAUUAUUUGCCAUGACACAUUUUGAUUGGCAGUAUAAAAUUAGUAAAGAAAACAAUGCAUGCAAUGUAAAAGGAACUUUUCCAAUGAGAAACGGAAAAGUAAUGGGAGGAACAAGUUCAAUGAGUUAUAUGUUUUACGUUAGAGGAAAUCGCGAAGAUUAUAAUAAUUGGGAACGAAUGGGAAAUCAAGGAUGGAGCUACAACGAUGUGUUACCUUAUUUCAUAAGAUCAGAGGAUAAUAGAGAUCAGGACAUUUUACAAAACAGUACCAACUAUCAUGGAACUGGAGGAUACAUGACUGUGGAACGUUUACCAUAUAGAGAUCCAAAUACAGACGUGAUCCUUCAAGGAUAUCAAGAACUUGGAAUGAGACCUACUGACGUUAAUGGUGAAAAUCAAUUGGGAUCAAUGCUUUCACAAACAAUUUCAAAAAAUGGAUCACGAAUGAGUACCAAUAGAGCAUUCAUAAGACCAUUUAGACAAAGAAAGAAUUUAUUCAUUAAAACACAAGUUUACGUGACGAAAAUUUUAAUCGAUCCCUUUACAAAAAGUGCAAUUGGUGUUCAAUACACAUCAACACUUACAGGUGACACAAAAAUAGUGUUUGCUAAAAAGGAAAUUAUCGUCUCUGCCGGUGCAAUUGAAUCACCAAAAUUAUUAAUGCUCUCUGGAAUUGGACCAAUUAGUGAUCUUUUUCUACACGGUAUUCCAGUCAUGAAAAAUUUAUCCGUUGGUCACAAUCUUCAUGAUCACAUUGGUGUUUUUGGAUUAUUUGGAAAUAUAGAAUCAAGCAAUUCUCCUUUUCCAAGUUGUCAGGAAAAUAUGGGUGAUUUAAAUAAUUUCUUUAAAGAACAUACAGGACCACUGGGUUCAAUAGGACUCAUAUCGACAACAGGCUUUUUACAAACAAAAUUCGAGAAUAGAACAGGCAUUCCUGAUGUACAACUCUUGUGUGCUGGAAUAAGUCCCAUUGUAUCACAUUACAAUAAAUUUACAAUAGUUCCAACUAUUUUAGCACCAAAAACUCGUGGUUUUGUUAAACUCAAUAAAUUCCGUCCCAUAUGGGGUAGUCCAGAAAUUAAUCAAAGAUGCAUGGUGGAUGAUGAUAUUCAGAGUUUGAAAGAAGCAACAAAAAUGGCCUUAAGGAUAUUUAAUACAACAGCAUUUAGACAAAAUAAUUUUACAUUUAUAAGUCACCCAUUACCGGGUUGUCAUAUGUUUCAAUUCAAUACUGAUGAGUAUUGGGAUUGUGUGAUAAGAAAUUUUCCCGUUUUAGUAAAUGAACAAGUUGGAACAUGUAAAAUGGGUCCACGAGAAGAUAGUGAAGCUGUUGUUGAUUCAAGAUUACGUGUUCAUGGUAUUAAUAAUUUGAGAGUUGUUGAUGCUUCAAUUAUACCAAUAAUUCCAAGAGGAAGUCUUUUGGCUCCAGUUAUAAUGAUAGGAGAAAAGGGUAGCGAUAUGAUAAAACAAGAUUGGUCCUAAUUAUUUCCUAAUAUUAAAUAAUAAAAUUAUUAAAAUCUGUUUUAAAGACUA